UGUGAAAUCAAGACGCACGACGCACGCUUUCCAAGCAACAACCAUGGGCAAUAUGGCGCUGCCCAGAGAAUUAACGCGCGGUUGGAAUGUCGGUUACACUGCACACAGACCUAGGUGACAUAAAGAUCGAGCUGUUCUGUGAAACAUGUCCGAAGGCAGCAGAGAAUUUCUUGGCACUUUGUGCUUCCGACUACUACAACGGCUGCCUCUUCCACCGCAACAUCAAGGGCUUUAUGGUACAGACAGGUGACCCUACAGAUGUGGCGCUCAAGAAGCAGGGGGAUAUCUGCCUCAGCAAUUCCUUCGGCGUCGUCCUCCAUGUUGCAUCAGACAAGGGUACGGGAAAAGGAGGUGAAAGCAUCUGGGGUGCCAAGUUUGCUGAUGAGAUUCGGGACGAGCUGAAGCACAGUGUACGAGGUGUUGUCUCCAUGGCAAACAAUGGGCCCAAUACGAAUGGGUCACAGUUUUUCAUCACAUAUGCCAAGCAGCCGCACCUGGACCUCAAGUACACCAUCUUUGGAAAGGUCAUUGACGGCAUGGACACGCUCGAAGAGCUUGAAAAGGUGCCUGUGAAUCCAAAGAACUACCGGCCUCUUCGUGAUAUCAAACUGAAUUCUAUCACUAUUCAUGCUAAUCCUUUUGCACAGUAGGUAUUUUGUGCCUUUCAUUAAAUGAAACUGUCACUGAU